UCAGCGCCAGGACGCGCGGACGCAGAACAGGUGCACUGAUGUGAAAUUGUGAUUUGAUGGUGAAGAACUUGCAGAUCAUGUUCUGGGACUAAGGUUCGGGUGCUAUGGCGGAGGAAUCGACUUCCCCCGGACUGGACCCUCGGCGGGACGGCAGCGAAGUUAGUGCGUUAGAAGAGACGUCGGGCUUUGGAGACGACCUGGAGUUGAACCAGUUCGACGGUUUGCCUUUUUCCUCUCGGUACUACACGCUCCUGCAAGAGAGGAAAGCUUUACCAGUGUGGAAGGUGAGGAGUCAAUUUGAAGAUGCCCUGGUCCACAACCAGCUGCUUCUGGUGUCGGGGUCGGCCAGGACUGGAAGGAGCACUCAGAUCCCCCAGUGGUGCGCAGAGUACUGUCUGUCUGCACAGUACCGGCAUGGCAUGGUGGUCUGCACUCAGACAGACAGCCAGCUAGCGGUGGAGCUGGCCCUCCGUGUGGCAGAUGAAAUGGACGUCAACAUCGGUCACGAGGUGGGCUACAGUAUCCGUUUGGAGGCAUGCUGCUCACCUGACUCAAUCCUGAGAUACUGCACUGACUACAUCCUGCUGAGGGAGAUGAUGUCGGACCCUUUCCUGGAGCAGUACGGCGUCAUCAUCAUUGACCAGGCUCACGAGAGGAGGGUGAAGACAGACAUUCUGCUGGGUCUCCUGAAGGACAUCUUGUUGCAGAGGCCAGAACUCAGAGUGGUUAUCCUCACAGUUCCACCGAUGACGGAUAAGCUUUUAAGCCACUAUGCUGGCAUCCCACUCAUCAGUGUGGAGGUCCCGUGUCCUGCUGAGGUCGUCUACACCAACAGCAGCCACAGCAAGGACUACUUCUACUCUGCACUAAGACUUGUUCUUGAGAUCCAUCGUACCAAAGAGGAGGGAGAUAUUGUGGUGUUCUUUGCUUCUGAUGAGGAACUCCAUUGUGCCUACAGCAUCCUCCAAAUGGAGGGAACCAGACUGGGAGCAGAUCUGGGACAGAUGGUUCCCGUGAUCCUCUGUUUUCGCCAGGGUGGCCCUGUGACCACACUAGGGGGCCAGCCAUCCGCCAAGAGCUCAAGGAACGUUUUCCUGUCUACACAGCAGUGCGAGGAUGUGUGGUGGUCAACAGCGUCUGUCAAUUUUGUUAUUGACACAGGAGUCCAGAAGAAGAUGGUUUACAAAACCAGAAUUCGGGCCAACUCUGAGGUCCUUCUGAACAUCAGUCAGAGCCAAGCAGACUUACGAAAGCGGUUGUGUGGACCAACAGGUAAAUGUUUCUGCUUGUAUCCUGAAGACCGGAAACUUCCUUCAGAGAGAACCCCCCAGAUUUUGGAGACCAACAUGACUUCAUUGGUGCUUCUCCUAAAAAGGCUGGAGAUUGGUGGUCUGGGACAGUGUCGUUUCAUAGACAGACCAGAUCCAGAAGGUCUCAUGCAGGCCCUGGAGGAGCUGGACUACCUGGCGGCUUUAGACAACGAUGGCAAUUUGUCAGAGAUCGGGAUCAUAAUGUCCGAAAUCCCCCUGGAGCCUCAGAUGGCCAAAGCUCUGCUGGCGUCCUGUGAGUUUGACUGUGUGAGCGAGAUGUUGACCAUCGCUGCCAUGCUGUCAGCACCAAGCUGCUUCCUGGAUUCGCCAGCUGGAUUGAACCACGAGGUGGCCCUGUGUCAUAGGAAGUUCCAGCACCCAGAUGGAGAUCACUUCACCCUCAUAAACAUCUACAACGCCUUCAAACAGAGUCAGAGGGAACAAUACUUCACCUCAGACAGGUGGUGCCAGGACAAUCACCUGGACCAUCAUGCCCUGAAGCAAGCUGAUGCCAUCAGAUGUGAGCUGAUCGACACUCUGAACCGGAUCGAGCUGCCCAUCUCCGAGCCGUCCUUCGGCACCAGGACCAACAUGCUUAACAUCAAAAGAGCCCUGCUGGCUGGGUUCUUCAUGCAGAUUGCCCGAGAUGUGGAUGGAUCAGGGAACUACUUCAUCUUGACCCAUAAGCACAUGGCACAGGUUCAUCCUCGCUCCUGCUAUGGAGCUCAGUCCCACAAACUGGGUCUGCCCGAGUGGGUGGUUUUCCACGAGUACACCCUGUCGGAGAACAACUGCAUGAGAACGGUGUCGGAGAUUUCCCCUCAAGUGUUUGUUCAAAUGGCACCGCUGUACUUCUUUUACAACAUGCCCACCAGCGAAAGCAAAGACAUCCUGCAGGAUAUGUUGGAGCCAGAAGGAUCCAACAGCAGCAAAGACAAAGUCAAGUCUACAGACGACAGCAGUAACUGCACAGCUGAUGCACAGAAUUUUGACAGAUGUGUCAUUCAGUGAGCAAACGCUGAGUCAAAUCAUCAAAACACUUUUGGUACAUUCCUGGAUCAUUUACAGUUUUGCUAAUAAAAUACAUCAUA